GUAACCAUGCGGUCUGCGCGGCCAUCUUGGAAGUGACUCGCUCCAGAGCGCUCAUAGAGUACACAUCAUAGAGUACACAUUCAUGAUAAUCAUAAAUGUAAUCAUAAAGUCGGCGUGAUAUCAGUCAUGUAUUUGCUUGUGAAAGCUUGUUUCUCAAAGCAAACACUGAGGGAAAGCUAACUUAGCCAGACAAGUAGGCUACAGAUUGUCAUUUGCUUACGCUGAUGUAGGUUAUCAAGUAUUUUGCUUCAUUCAGGGAUAAAACUAAGAAGCCAUAAACUAGAAGACGUGCCUGCCAAUAUUAUCCUAAAUGUAUCACGGAUCAGGCAUAGUCGUAAGCUUAUUAUGUUAGCCGUUUGCAUGCUCCAUUAGGAACUAUGUAUUCAGUGUAGCAUACGGCUUACAUGAUAUAAGCAGUGUUUACACAUGCAAGACAACAAUACACAAUAUUAAAAUAUUGAUUCCGUAACACUUUGAACAAAUACGGGUUGAUCUACCAAUCCUUGUUAUCCAACCUUGUGGUGUUCAAUGCUGGGCUGUCUGCCUGUCCGCUGUCCAUCUCGGGGUCGGAGUCGCUCUCAGAUCGCACAGUAACAGGUUCAAACCUGUACGGUUGGAUGCACCCGUGUUCGUCAUCACUUGAUUCUUCCGAUCUAUCCCACUCACAACACAAUUCUAGACUCCCAGAAGAGGAAGAGCUAGAGAGUUCACCGGCAUUUUCAUGCGCCAUUUCCAUUGAGUAGAACAGCCAAUGAACCGCAGCGUGUUCUUCCGCUGACGUCACAACAUGGCCGCGAGCCACGGACCCAGUUUUCUUGCGCUGUGCAAUUAAAAGUUGGAUAUUCGCAUAACAACAGCUUCUUUUCACGUAAUUAUAACAGAAAUCUAACAUGUUUGCCAUGUUGUAUAGUUUAUUUAAGAAAUUGCAUAGAGUCAUGUUCGUGUCAUCAGCCCUUUAACUAGCAAUGUUAAUCUUUUGUGCUGAAGCUUAAGUCUACUGUGCUGCAAAAAACAUUUACCUUGAGUAUAGGCAGUUCUUCAUGGAGCCCAAAGGAUUUUGGAGAAAUGUUCUCACUAUCAAAUGCCUUAUACAGCGUUCAGCUUUUUGGUUUCCAGGCAGCCAUAGCCUGAACAAGAACAGUUUUAAAAUGUGUUCUACUUUUCACAAAUCCUAAAUUGUGGAACGUGACACAUGAUCACGUAUGUGUAAUAAGUACUACUGUCUUUCAGCCACAGUUAGCUUUUUGUCCUCUUACCUCAUACAUGUACAACACAUGGAGUUAUCUGCUGAACAGACUUUGAUAGCAGUCCCCAGAAAACACUAGAAAUGUAUGAAAAAUACACCGAUCAUGGCAGAAGAGAUGGCAGGAAUCUGUCUCCAGCUGUGGUUCGUUGAUCGCUGGAUAAGCAUCAGGGUUUUAUUACCUUGUCUGCUACAGAUUUUACAACUUCACCUGGAGCCAAUACGUUUGAAGUGAAGAUCACAUCCCCAUCAGAAGCUUUCUCCAGGAUCUGGGUGCAGGUUUUAGACCGUCAUGAUGGAUCCUUUCUGGUGCGUUACCGCAUGUACGCCAGCUACACAGACCUCAGCAUUCAGAUCCUACUGAAGAAUAAACAUGUGGCCAAGUCUCCGUAUAUUCUCAAAGGUCCAGUGUACCAUGAAUCAUGUAACUGUCCAGAGCCCAGUGGUGCAUUGUGGGAGAAGCACAUGCAUUGUCCCUCUUCAUUUUCUCAGAUCCAGCAUGAUCUGUCAGCCUUUCCUAAAGUGGACCUAGAGCGCAAUGCCCAAGAAAUCCCUCAGCGCUUUGGCCAGAGACAGAGCUUAUGUCACUACACCAUCAAAAAUAACCAGGUGUACAUCAAAACGCACGGCGAGCAUGUUGGCUUCAGGAUCUUCAUGGACGCCUUUCUCCUCUCUCUCACACGGAAGGUUAGGCUUCCAGAUGUUGAGUUCUUUGUGAACUUGGGUGACUGGCCCUUGGAGAAAAGACGGAGCGCUGAGAAACUCCAUCCCAUCUUUUCUUGGUGUGGGUCCAAUGACACUCGAGAUAUUGUUAUGCCAACCUAUGAUCUCACAGAGUCGAUCCUGGAGACCAUGGGCAGAGUAAGUUUGGACAUGAUGUCAGUGCAGGCAAACACAGGUCCUCCGUGGGCUGAGAAGAAUCGUACAGGUUUCUGGAGGGGCCGAGACAGCAGGAGAGAGCGUUUGGAGCUGGUGAAACUGGCACGAGCAAAUCCUACAUUGCUGGACGCUGCUUUCACUAAUUUCUUCUUCUUCGAGCAUGAUGAGAGCCUUUAUGGACCACUAGUCAAACACGUCUCCUUCUUUGAUUUCUUUAAGUAUAAGUAUCAGAUAAAUGUUGAUGGAACGGUGGCUGCGUACCGAAUGCCCUACCUUCUGUCCGGAGACAGCGUAGUGUUGAAGCAGGACUCCAUAUAUUACGAGCACUUCUAUAGCCAGCUCAAGCCCUGGGUUCACUACAUUCCCAUCAAAGCAGACCUCAGUGACCUGUUGGAGAAGAUACAGUGGGCUAAAGAACAUGAUGAAGAGGCUCAGAAAAUUGCACAAGCUGGUCAACAGUUUGCACGUACCUAUCUGAUGGGUGACAGUAUAUUCUGUUACUACUUCAAACUUUUCCAGGAGUAUGCAAAGCUGCAGUUAACUAAGCCUAAAAUACGCGAUGGCAUGGAAUUGGUAGAGCAGCCCAAAGAUGAUCUUUUUCCAUGCUACUGCCACAGGACCAAGGUCAAAGAUGAGCUUUGAGUUUCCACGUACCAGGAUCAUGAAACUGCCUUAUUAUUCUGAUUCGUCACAUUCUGGUCAUUUUCCCAAGUGCAAAUCUUAUUGAAACAAGCAGCAAAUCUCAACGUUUUCAACGCUUUAUGUAUUUUCCACUGUCAUAUAUUUAUAUUGCAUUUUUUAAAAUCUUG